AUGGCUAGUCAUUUUAUUGGCUGGAACUAUUAUACUUGGUUAGCUAAUGAAGGCAGAAUUCUUCUAGUUUGGCAGGCCAAUAUUGUAUAUGUUGAGGUGUUAACAGAAAGUGAUCAGUUUAUUCAUGCUUAUGUUAAAGAAUUCAGUUCGAGUAAAGAGUUUUGUGUGUCUUUUGUUAAUGGAAGGAAUACGAUUGAGGAGAGGUUACAGCUUUGGCAAGAUCUUUUUGGGUUGUCUUUUCCAGUCAAUCCUUGGCUUGUGGCUGGAGACUUUAAUGUUGUAUUUGAUUUUAAUGAUCAGCUUGGUGGUCAUGAUGUUGCUGCUAUGGAAAUGGUGGAUGCUCAAAGAUGGAGAUCUAUAGGGUUGGUUGAUGAACUUCGCACUAGUGGUUCUCAUUUCACUUGGACAAAUAAGCAAGCUGCUGAGGCUAGAAUCUACUCCAAAUUGGAUCGAUUCAGAGAGAUUGUGUUGGAGAACUGGAGUAAGCUGAUUAAGGCUCAUGGUUUAGAGAGAAUAAUGAGGAAAUUGGUGAGACUCAAACAUGUCCUUCGCAAGUUUAACAAAAGGGAAAUUGGUGAUGUUGUGCACAAUUAUAAUGUAGCCAAGGAGAACUACCAAUCUGCCCAAUGUCAGCUCCAAAAAGAUCCUCAUUCAGCUGAUCUUCAAAGAGAGGAAAGUAUUAUGGGAAGUCAUAGUACAGUUUCUGUUCCGAUUCAGAGGGAUUGUUUUAGUCAUGGAAGCAUUCUGUCUUUGGACCAACAUCUGAGAUUGAUAAAACCAUUCACCAAGAAGGAUGUGGAAGCUGCGAUGUUCAGUAUUAACUCGAGUAAAAGCCUGGGUCCUGAUGGAUAUGGGUCGGGUUUUUUCAAAGUUAUGUGGAAAGAUUUGGAAGAAGAAAUAUCUGAUGCCAUAAUGGGAUUUUUUUAUCAUGGUUUGCUACUUGAUGAGCUUAACAAUGCAACUCUCUCUCUGAUUCCGAAGGUUGAAACUCCUACUAAGGCUGUGGAGUACAGACCCAUAGCUUGUUGUAAUACACUCUAUAAAUGUAUUUCAAAAAUGCUAUGUGGUAGGUUGACUAAGGUUCUUCCUCUUUUAGUUAAUCAAAAUCAAGGAGCAUUUGUUAAGGAUAGAUUGUUGGCUCAUAAUAUCCUCAUUUUUCAGGAUAUUAUUAAAGGGUACAAGAGGAAAAACAUCUCCCCUAGAUGUGUGAUAAAAAUUGACCUUAGCAAAGCUUAUGACACUAUAGAUUGGCAAUUUUUAGAAGAUAUUCUUAAUGCUUACUAUUUUCCCAACAGGUUUAUUCGAUGGGUGAUGAUAUGUUUGAAGGGUACCUCUUACUCUAUUCUGAUGAACAGUAGGCUCGAAGGGAGAUUUAUUGGUAAAAAAGGUCUAAGGCAAGGGGACCCUAUAUCUCCCUUGCUGUUUGUUCUAGUCAUGGAAUACUUCACUCGGCUUCUCAUUAAAUAUUCUUUCAGCAAGGAAUUCAGAUUUCAUCCGAAUUGUAAAAAACUGAAAUUAGUUAGCCUAUGUUUUGCUGAUGAUUUGGUGAUAUUCUGUAAGGGAACUUCUAAUUCGUUUCAGGUUAUCAAAGAAUGUUUCACAGCUUUUAGUUUGGCUUCUGGUUUAACAGCUAAUUUUGCUAAAUCUCAGGUAUAUUUUGGGGGUUUGGCUGAGGAAGACUCAAAGCAGAUUCUGUCUAGGCUCCAAUUUGUAGAAGGGUCAUUUCCUCUAAAGUAUCUUGGAAUUCCUCUUCGUCCUACUAAAUGGAAAGCUGGCAACUGUGCUGUUAUCAUUAAAAAGAUUCACCUGAAGCUUCACACUUGGUCUAGUCGUCAUCUGUCAUUUGUUGGGCGUGCACAGCUUAUUAAUUCUGUUUUGCUGGGAAUAAGAUCAUUCUGGAUGAGUAUAUUCCUCCUUCCCAAGAGUGUCAUUUAUGAGAUAGAUCAUUUGUGCAGGCGGUUUCUAUGGGGGACCAAUGACAGUAAUAGGAACAAAAGCAAAAUGCAUCUCACUGCAUGGGAUCAGGUCUGCUUGCCUAAGAGUUUGGGCGGUAUUGGGUUUAAGGAAGGGUCCAAAUGGAAUAAAGUGUUACUAGCUAAAUAUAUGUGGGCUAUUUCCUCUAAACAAGACAUCCUCUGGGUGAAAUGGGUGGAUGCCAUCUAUCUCAAAGGGCAGAAUUUUUGGGAGUAUAAGCUCAAAACUGAUGUGAGCUGGUACUGGAGAAAGCUUGUCAAUCUGAAAUCUGUUUUCACUUGUGGAAAACUGGAGGAUGCAGCCAAGACUAGCAAGAUUAAUCUGAGAAAGCUUUAUAUUCAUAUGCUAAAUAAGGAGAGAGUCCAUUUUGCCAUUGUAGUUUGGUGCAAUAUGUUUUCUCAGCAAGUUAGAUCAAAUGUGGCUUCUUGGCUAGGCUUGGAUAUAUGGCUGAUGAAGUAUGAAGAGUGGUCCUCUUGGUUGGUUGGGAAACCUAAAGGUCUGAAGCAAAAAAUAGCAGCAACUGCAUUGGCUGCUUCAGUUUAUAUGAUUUGGUGGAAUCGUAACACUUGUCUAUUCCGAUCUUUCUUUAUGACAGCUGAUUGUAUAGAUCAUUUGAUCAAGUUUUAUUUGAAAGCUAGAAUUUUUAGGCUUCCUAGGACAAAAUUUGGGAAAAAUGAUUUAGCUUUUGUUGAGAAGUUUGACCAGGUGUAA